GAUUUUGAACAUUGAAGGAAAAAGCAGCAUUCACAUUGGGGAGAAACGCACAUGGUCUGUGUGUGGAAGAGUCUGUGAAGAUUCAUCUGAAAUGUCCAAACACCAGCGCGGUGACACUGGGGAGAGACUGUGGAAAUGUGCAGAUUGCGGGAAGGGAUUUCUUUACCCAUCCCAGCUAGAAACUCACCAACAGAAUCACAUUGGGGCGAAGCCAUUCACCUGCUCUGAUUGUGGGAAGGGAUUCACUUCACCAUCCAGGCUACUGAUACACCAGCGAAUUCACACUGGAGAGAGACCAUUGACCUGUUCUGUGUGUGGAAAAGGCUUUGCUGACUUGAACUCCCCACUGAUACAUCAGCGAGUUAACUCGGGGGAGAGACCAUUCAUCUGCUUCCAGUGUGGGAAGGGAUUCACUUGCUCAUCUAACCCACCGAGACACCAGAGCAUUCACACUGGGGAGAAACCAUUCACCUGCUCUAAAUGUGGGAAAGCAUUCACUCGGUCAUCCUACCUGCUGGAACACCAGCAGGUUCAC